AUGAUUCUCUCUCGUCUGUUCUACGCCUUUCUGGCUGCGGCCAUGUUCAAAUUGGCCACCUGCCUAACGGUUCCAUCCACCCAUGGCGACACUCUCAGCCUUCGCCAAGACAGUGGUGAGAAGCUUGUCUUUUGUCACUUCAUGAUUGGCAUCGUCGGUGCACGUAGCUCGCCUAGCGAGUACGACGCCGAUAUGCAGAACGCCAAGGCGGCUGGAAUUGACGCCUUUGCUCUUAACAUUGGCGUCGACCCAUACACCGAGGCUCAGCUCGACUUGGCUUACCAGUCUGCUGCCAACAACGGCAUGAAGGUCUUCAUCUCCUUCGACUUCAACUGGUACCAAACGAGCGAGGCAACUCGCGUCGGCCAGAUGAUCGCCAAGUACGCCUCCCGUCCUGCUCAGCUCAUCGUUGACGGCAAGGCGUUUGCGUCUUCGUUUGCGGGAGAUGGGCUGGAUGUCGGUGCCAUGCGCAGUGCUGCGGGUGUUCCCGUCUUCUGGGCACCCAAUUUCCAUCCGGAAUUCGGCACCGACUUCAGCGUUGUCGACGGUGCUCUCAACUGGCUCGGCUGGCCCAAUAACGGACUCAACAAAGCUCCUGACGGUCGAGGCAACGUCUCAGUCCAACAGGGCGAUGCGGCGUACACAACGGCACUCAAAGGCAAGCCGUAUAUUGCACCAGUAUCACCGUGGUUCUUCACGCACUUUGGUCCCGAGGUCCCGUAUUCCAAGAACUGGGUCUUUCCCUCCGAUACCCUCUGGUACGACCGGUGGCAGCAGAUUCUUUCGCUGAAGCCGCGCUUCCUGGAGAUUGUGACGUGGAAUGACUACGGCGAAAGCCAUUAUGUUGGACGUCUUGACAGCCCGCACGGUGAUGACGGAAACUCCAAAUGGGUCUACGGAUUCCCCCACAACGGAUGGCUCGACAUGGCACAGCCGUUCAUCAAGGCGUUCAAAGCCGGCGCUAGUGAUCCCAAGACCUACAUUACCGAGGAAAAGGUUGUCUACUGGUUCCGUCCGACUCUCCGAGGAAUCAAUUGCGACGCGACUGAUACCACAAUGAGUGAUGCCAACAACUCUUCUGGCAACUACUUCAAGGGUAGGCCGGAUGGAUGGCAAACCAUGGAAGACAAGGUUUACAUCGUGACGCUACUCAAGGAAGCCGCAUCUUUAACUGUCAAUGUUGCCGGCAACAGCCAGACUUUCCAAGCUCCUGCUGGCGCUGCUAAGUUCUCUGUUGAUAUGAAGCCGGGUACGGUUGCCUUCAAUAUGGCUCGCGGAGGAUCCUCCAUUCUCUCUGGGACUGCUGGCAUGCAGAUUUUGGACCACUGCCCUUGUGGUAUCUACAACUUCAACCCUUACGUCGGAACCCUAAAAGCAGGAAGCGCAGACAAUCUUCUUCCUGCAGCUUAUUCGUCCAUCUCUGCUGGUUUGAAGGUUAGCACGUGCGGGCCGAGUGGCAUGAAGAGAACGGCAGCGCCGCUUGCUGAUAUGGUAGCUCCUGCGGUGGCCACACCCACGGUCUAA